GAAGUGAUAUGACGAGAUACCGAGGGAAAAGUAUGAUGAUGAGGAACUCGCCUGGAUGAUGCUUCUGGAUGGGUGUUUUUUACUACAAUUCAUCCGCUGCAAAGGUAAGACAAACGUUCUUAAAGUUCACGAAAUAAAUUUUGUGGUGCAGGACUUGUUCUUGCUGGAGAACCAACUUCCCUAUGGAGUCCUUGAGUUGAUUUUUGAGGGAGCAAAUUUCAAGGUUGGUCCACCAAUGGAAAAGAAUAUAAUAGAAUUCAUCACUCAGAUCGGAAUGCCAGAAGGGUUGUCAUAAAAAAUACAGCUGAAAGAGGUGAACGAAGAGCCCUCUCAUCUCCUCGACCUUUUGCGAAGUGCUCUCCUAGGCCAGAGUCAGCCCGAACAAGAGCAGCAAGCUGAGGAAAAACGAAAGUCGUCGUCGUCGUCUCAAGGAGGAAAGUGGGGGCUCCAUUGGCCAUGGAAAAAAGGCAAACAACGGGGCAUUAGGCAGUCUUUUCGACACAUCAAGGAGCUUAAAGCUGCCGGCAUCUACCUCAAACCGAGUAGAACGUGUUUCUUGAGAGACGUUUCUUUCAAAUCCUACUUCUUCUUUGGCUACCUGAAACUUCCCCCAAUAACCAUUGAUGACUUCACGAAGACCAAGUUCUUGAACAUUACCGCCUAUGAAAUGUGUCCAGAUGCCCCAGAUGACUAUGCGGUCACUUCUUAUAUAUGCUUCCUUUACGACCUCAUUGAUGAUGCAGACGAUGUCAAGGAGCUGAGAUCUAAGCACAUUCUCGACAACCUUCUUGGCAGCGAUGAAGAUGUGGCCCACAUUUUCAACGAGAUCGGCAAUGGCUUGGUAGAUCCCGGACGUUAUGAAGUUGUAAAAGUUCUUAUUCAGGAACACUACAACAAGAGAGUGAAUACUUGGAUAGCUGAAGCCCUUCACGGCCAUUUCAGGUCUCCCUGGACUUUCAUGGCUCUCAUUGCAGCUGUUUUAGCACUAAUUCUUACUGGGGUUCAGACCUACUACGCUCAUCCCGGUAACUAUAUAAUAUAUUUAUAUAUAUCGUCAAUUAUAAUUGGGAUAUGUUUUUUUCUUGUUCGGCAUGUUUGUGAUUAGACAAACAAAGCUGUAUAAAUUAUUAAGUUGUAUCACUGGAUUUCAUGCAUGCAAUAUUAUGAGUCUUUUCCUUCCCA